AAAUAAGUAAUGUAUACUGUUAAAGUAAAGAUAAUUAAUCCAUGCCUCUAGUUCUUGUUCAUAAUGAUUAAUGACGAAUAAUAAAUUUUUGGACACAAAAGCGUAUAGGACAUAGGUUAAUUUGUACGGUGUACCUGUUUUUAUUGUUCUGUGAUUUGUACAAAGUUAUACUCUCCUUGUGAGUAUGGUAUUCGUUGGUUAUACUUUUAAAAUCAUUAAUAAUAGUGCUAUACAGCAAAAUAUAAAAUACCAGAAAGGUAUGAAAAGCUCGCGCUCGACUAUAAUUUGAGUGAAUAUCAGUUCUUUGAAAUAUGACGUCUCUUUGCAAAAGUGCUUUUGAUCCUUUAAAAGCGACAGUGUUUUAUAGGUGCAUAAGACACAAAAGUAGUUUAGGCUUAUGGCACGAAAAUAUUAAUACAGAUAUAAAACACAAAAUAGAAAAGCAUUGGGCUAAAGAUGUGACAUGGAAAACUAAACGCGCGGGAAAACCAGUCUAUGUUUUGCCCAUGUUUCCAUACCCCUCUGGAAACUUACAUAUGGGACAUGUGAGAGUAUAUUCUAUAUCAGAUACAAUAGCUAGAUUUAACAAACUGAAUGGAAAUGAAGUCAUACAUCCAAUUGGUUGGGAUGCAUUUGGAUUGCCAGCAGAGAAUGCUGCCAUAGAACGUAACAUCCUACCUCACUCCUGGACAGUAUCAAAUAUCAGUACAAUGAAGGAGCAACUGUUGCAGCUUGGUUUCGACUUUGACUGGGACAGAGAGUUUAGCACAUGUGAUCCGAAAUAUUACAAAUGGACACAGUACAUAUUUCUAAAACUAUUUGAGAAAGGCUUAGCAUAUCAGAGCAGGGCUAAGGUCAACUGGGAUCCUGUUGAUAAAACUGUCCUCGCCGAUGAACAAGUUGAUGAUAAUGGUUGCUCCUGGAGGUCAGGUGCUAAGGUGGAGAAGAAGACCCUCACCCAGUGGUAUAUCAAAACAACCAGAUACGCAAAAUGUUUGUAUGAUGGCCUCGAUAAUAGUGAGUUAGAAAAUUGGAGAGAUAUAAUAAAUUUACAAAGACAUUGGAUUGGGGAGUGUGAUGGAGUAGUUGUGGAUAUGCACCUAAAAUAUGGAAAAACAUCUAAAGUUAUCAAUGUGUGGUCAGCUGAUGCCUAUAAAUUUAUUCACGGGGAGUUCUUAGUCAUUAGACCCGACAAUGUCAUGUUAGAUGAAAUUUCCAAAGAAGAUAGUCUCAAGUGUUAUAAUCCUAUUACUGGUGUAGAAAUACCAGUUUACAUUUCUGAUAAAAUAAUCUACCCAGAAGGCAGAGAGACAUACAUAGCCUGUCCAUCUGUUGAUACGAAGGACGUAAAGAUAUCUGAAUGCCUAAACAUACCAAUGAAGGAAAUAACCAAUAUUAAUAUUGAAAGUGAAAAUAAAAGAGCAAUUGAAACGGCAAUCAACAAGGAUUGUGGAGGUUACCCUGUGAGCUCUAAACUGAAAGAUUGGUUGAUAUCAAGACAGAGGUGCUGGGGCACUCCAAUCCCAAUUAUUCAUUGUCCGAACUGUGGAACAGUCCCUGUCCCUGUUGAUGACCUUCCAGUUGAACUUCCAAAUCAAAGUCUCUCUGAUUCCAAAAGUCUGACCCUGUCCAAUUUUGAGACAUGGACGAAUUGCAAGUGUCCGAAGUGUUUGGGAGAUGCUAAAAGAGAAACAGAUACAAUGGACACAUUCGUUGACUCCUCAUGGUAUUUCUAUAGAUUUUUAGAUCCGUUUAACGAAAAACUACCCUUUGAUUACAAUAAACUUGUUGGAUAUGUCCCUGUGACAUGUUAUAUAGGUGGCAAAGAACAUGCAGUUCUUCAUUUGUAUUAUGCUCGUUUUAUGAGCUACUUUUUAAAUUCGAUCGGCUUAUCUCCUACAAAGGAGCCGUUUAAGAAGCUAAUCGUUCAGGGCAUGGUUAUGGGCCAGUCGUACAAAACAAAGUCCUCGGGAAAAUACCUUCCACCAGACCAAGUGGAGAAACAUGGUAAGGUAUACAAGCAAAAGGGUACCGGAGAAGUUGUGAUAGCUCAGUGGGAGAAAAUGAGCAAAUCCAAACAUAAUGGGGAAAAUCCACAAAGACUUAUCGAAACAUAUGGAUGUGAUACUACUAGACUACUUAUUCUAGCUGAUGUACCUCCUGCAACGAGUAGAAAAUGGUCAGACGCAACACUACCUGGAGUUAUAAAUUGGCAACACAGGCUAUGGUUAACAGUUAGAGAAUUCCUAGAGCACAGAAAUAAUGUUAAGUUGUAUGAAAGUAGCAAUUUAUCAGAGGAGAAAUUUAAGGAGUUUGAAUUAAGUUUAGGGAAUUCUAAAAACUACUUUACUGCUACAGCUACCUACCACUUCAAGUAUACUCAUCAACUUAGUGUGGGCAUAUCUCGGUUACAAAGUUUGACCAGUGCAUUGAGGAACAAAAUACCAGCAGACGUGAUAGCUAAAAGUAAGGAAUAUGAGAUGGCGCUAGCGGCUCUUAUAAUAAUGUUGUCGCCUGUGACGCCCCAUUUCUGCUCAGAGCUCUGGGCGGGUUUUACUUCUGCUCCCCACAAAUUGGGAGAUUCUUUUAUAGACUGGAACACUGGAGUGCUAGAACAAAGAUGGCCGACUGUCGACUCUAAUUAUCCACUAUCAUUCCAGUGUAAAGUUGAUGGAGCAGACAGGUGUGAGCUCAAAAUUGAAGCCUCGAAGCUUCCGCAUUUAACAGAAGAGAAGGCCUUACAAGCCAUGCUACAAGAGGAAUCAGUGCAAAAGACGUUGAGACAUGGUAUCCUGAGGACUAAAUAUGAGCUAUACCCCGAUUGUAGAGCGAUACUGCAUAUUUACACCAACAGAAGUACAGCAACUAAAGCCAAAAAAGACGAACAGUUAGAACAAGCUAAAGCAUAGUUAGUAGAAGUGGAAUGUAAAUAAAGAAGAUGUAUGGUAAUGU